AACAGAGAGAACUUGGCAAAAUGCAAUGUACGUUUCUGUAGUACGAGUAGGCUGGUUUAUACAGUAUCAUAGGUAACAAUUGAGUAAAAGACACCUAGCUAAUAAAAUACUGGGGCUGGCAGUCAUUAGUUACAUUUCAACCAUAGCGAUAGCCUUAUUGAGAUGCAACAGAGUUCACCGGCGAAUGCCGGAACACCAGAAAUAAUAACUAAACCAAUGAAUGAGAAAUGGUGGAGCCUACCAGAAUGAAGAGAGACAUUUUCCCGAAAUAAACGUGUUCUGAUUGAUGCUGUAAAUGUGUCGGGAAAAGAGGGAAUGAAAGUAACUUUACCGACUGGACUUAAUGACCUACCUAGUGGCACUAUUAUGGCAUGGUCUUUCCCAUUGAGUCGUUCAGAUUCAUUUGAUAACAUAGCGCUGCUGAAUGCUGGUGUGAUUACAACGGACUACAGUAUGAAGUUCAAAGACAGACUGAAGCUGGAUACUCAGACUGGAUCUCUCACCAUCAGAAACCUCACCAUCAGCGACUCUGGACUUUAUAAAAUACUUAUCAUCAAUACACAGAGUUCAUCUAAGAUUACAAAUCUAACCGUCUAUGCCUCAGUGUCUGCUCCUCACAUCAGUCACUCAGUGGACAGUCCAUUUGAAAAAGUGAGCUGUUCCUUGGUGUGCACUGUGAAGAACGGGAGAGAGGUGAACUUGUCCUGGUACAGAGGAGAGGAGAUACUCAACCAGACCAGCAGCCCUGAUCUUCUAGCCAAUCUCUCUCUCCCUCUGGAGUUAAACAAAAGAAAUGUUGACACCUACAGCUGUGAGGCUUCCAACCCUGCUGACUCAAAACCAACUCCACUCAACAUUGAAACACUCUGCCCUCAAUUGUCCUCACGCUCUGCCCUCAAAGGGUCUGGUCGCAAUCCUGUCCCAAUCGCACUGGUCACAUUGCUAUCAGUUGGGAUAAUAAGUGGUGGUAUAUUCUGGGCAGUUAAAAUAAUAAAAUGUGGAGCCUGCAAGCGAAGAGAAGAAGAAGGAUCCUGAUGUGAACUUUCAGAGAUCGGUAUGGUCAGUGUUUAUGGAUGUGAAUAUAUGUGCAUGCAUAUUAUGCUACUUGGUUUUCUAUGCAACUUCUGUAUCUGUGAACACACACACACACAUUUAGGAAGGAAGUGGUCACUUGUUGUUGGCUUGUAUAACAUACCAGCCAAUGUGAAAAUACAGAAUACACAAGAACAAGCAUAGAAUGCAAAUAUACGGAACAAAAAUAUAAACGCAACAUGUAAAGUGUUGGUCCCAUGUUUCAUGAGCUGAAAUAUCCCAGAAUUUUUCCAUACGCAGAAAUAGCUUAUUUCUCUCAAUUUUUC